AUGUUGUCGAAAGUGAACCCAAUGGAUAAGGAAUUUGUGCCACCAUCUCUCACUAUCAAAUCCAUUGGCAGUCGCCACUGCAGGCUUAUGCCACUACCACAUGUCGCUGGUGCGGUGGUUAGGAUCUUUGGGUAUAACGCUAACGGGUUUUUGAUGCAACAACAUCUUAACUCUGGAGUUCUCAUUGGCAAUUCUAUAAGAAGUCUUGUUAUGUACCCUAUUAUCAAUCUCCGAUAUCACAAGAUGGAUCUCCAUUGGUACCUCAGGGCACUUGAAGAGGUGGUUAUUCGUGUUCUCUCCUCAACAUUUGCUAUUGAAGCUUCACGAAUCGAGGGCUUGACUGGUGUUUGGGUUGGAGACCAGAAAUUAGCAGCCAUUGGUAUAAGAGUAUCACAAUGGAUAACAUAUCAUGGCUUGGCGUUGAACGUGAGCCUGGAUUUGUCACCCUUUCAAAAGAUAGUUCCAUGUGGGAUUCAAGAUCGUCGAGUUGGGAGUAUAAAGGAGCUGCUAAGAAAAACUUUGCCAUCUAACAGUUGCAGACUAGAGAAUAAUAAUCACGUCAAUGAUAAUGAAUUGAUUGAGAUUGCACACGAAUCAUUGAUUAGGGAAUUCUGUGAAGUUUUUAAAGUUGACCUGCAGUAUAAACAUACUCUUAGUGAACUAUCUGAAGGAUAA